AUGGACACCAGCAAAGAGAAAAUACGCCAUAUUUUACAGUUUUUCUUCGAUAAAGGCGAAAACGCAAGCCAGGCAGCUGAAAAUAUGAAUAGUAUUUAUGAUCCUGAUACUGUAACAGCCAAUCACGCGCAAUUUUGGUUUCGUCGAUUCCAUUCCGGUAAUUUUGAUGUUAAAGAUGCACCACGCUCUGGAAAGCCAAUUGUCGAAAAUGUCGAUAAAAUAAUGGAAAUCGUCGAGUCCGACCGUCAUGUAAGCACUGUUUCAAUUGCCCAGGAGCUAAACAUUGCACAAAAAACCGUUUGGAAGCACUUGAAUAAGGCUGGAUACAAAAAGAAGUAUGAGUGCCACACGAGUUAA